UAAACUUGGCUCGUUGCUGUUUGUCCACUUCGGUUGAAGAGAAGGAAACUGUCAGAGCCAGAGUGGCGCCUGAAAACAUGAAACAAAACAAAAUGACCAACUUUUCCGAUGUCAAAAUCUUAAACCAAGACAUUUCUCCUUUAAGAUAAAACCCGCCUCACAUAUACUCCGCUGUAAGAUAUAUUUGAGAAGCAGUGCAAGAGGAGUUGACUUUGGACUGCGCACUGCGUGAGAGCCACACACUUCCACAGGAAAUAAUUUCUGAACUGGAGUAAAACUCACUGGUAACUAUAUCAUAUAAGGACACAGUCAAUGAUGGAGUUGCCACCUCGACCUACACUGUUUGACUUCCACGGAGUCUCCAUGACCAGUUACUUCACUGACAACUGGGACAACAUACAGAACUUUAAAGCAAGACCAGAUGAUAUUGUCAUUGCAUCUUAUCCAAAAGCAGGAAACACAUGGGUGUCUUAUAUCCUGGACCUUUUGUAUUUCAGCCACAUGUCAUCUGACCGACAGGACUCAGUCCCGCUUUUUGAAAGAGUUCCAUUUCUGGAGAUCCUCUUUCCUGGGUUUCCUUCGGGAGUGGAUGAGCUCACACAAUUAACCACUUUUCCACGCAUUAUAAAAACACACCUACCAGUCCAUUUCAUGCCCAAAACCUUCUGGGAACAGAACUCUAAGAUCAUCUAUGUGGCUCGCAAUGCCAAGGACACAGCGGUGUCUUAUUUCCACUUUGAUCGCAUGAACAUGGCCCAGCCGGAGCCUGGUGACUGGAGCAGUUACCUCCAGAGAUUUAUGGAGGGGAAAUUGGUGUUUGGUUCCUGGUACGAACAUGUGAGAGGCUGGUGGGAGAAGAAGCAGACAAGUUCUAACAUCCUGUAUUUGUUCUACGAGGAUCUGAUUGAGGACACCGAACAAGAGCUCGGUCGACUCUGCUCCUUCCUGGGAUUGUCUCCAACCACUGCACUGAAGAAAGAAGUAACAAAAAAAGUUCUGUUUGAUAACAUGAAAAACAACAAGAUGGCAAAUGGCUCGACGGAUGAAGCCUUUGAUUUCAAGAUAUCCCCUUUCAUGCGCAAAGGAAAGGUUGGUGAUUGGAAAAAUCAUUUCACUGUUCAGCAGGAUGAACAGUUUAAUGAAGACUAUGCGAAGAAGAUGAAAAACACUGACCUUCAAUUUCGCACAGUUCUGUAGUUGAUCACUCCCCUGAAUACUCACCAUUAUACCAAUUAUAGGAAUAAUAAUAAUAAAUAAUCAUGACAGU